CUUUACACUGUCUCUGAGACUAGAGGAACUCUCCAUAAGGAACGAACAGAAAGAAUUCUGGCUGUCAGACUGAGAGAUGCUGCCUCUGCUGCUGUAUAUUGUUCUCCAAGUUUUGUCCCUGUCUCAAGGGCUCAACAGUACAGAUGACCAUCCUCGUAAAAGUGCGGUAAACCAUGCUGAUCACUCGGACAAACAGAUUGAGCUCUCCAUGCUAAGCCUGUCCCAGGGCUGCUCUGGUGUUGUAAGGGCUUUUUACCAGAACACUACAGUGGAUGUGACCCUGAACCUGCUGGAUUCUGAGGAAAAGAAAGAGCUUUCCACCCAAAUCUGUGAAAAUCUGGGUUGUGGCAAAGUUUUUAAACAUGGGGAUUCUGCAACAAUACGCAAUGGCGUUUGUCUUGCAGGCUGCAUCCUGAGAGACUCACAACUGCACAACUGCACUACAGCUGCAGAACAUGACUGCAUAAAUGCAACUAAAAUAAUUUGUGAAAGUACUGAGAUCUCACCCACAGCAGUCAACACAACUGACUUGGGGUUUAUAACACAUACUGCAGAGUCAACUGCAGGGAUGGCUACGAAACCCGGCAGUGGAGUUUCAGCAGCAGCGACUGGCUGCUUCGUCUUAUCUUUAGCACUACUGCUGCUUAUUUUAUUAAAUGCUGCUGUCUGUGUGCAUUUCAAAAGAGGAAAGGCAUGUGCGAUUCGUCGAUGUCACAAUAAUUCCCACAUACGCACAGAGUACCAGCUCAAUGCACAGAUGGGAACCUACCAGCAAUUUCUCCCAACUGUGGAGGCAGUACAUCAGUUGGAAAGUCUUGGUCCAAGACUGACCUCAAACCUUGGCUAUAGAAUGGCCAGGAUAACAAAUCAAACCUCUCACGACUCAGAUGAUUCAAACAGCGAAUAUCAAAACAGCUAUCGAGCACAAAGACUUCACCAAAACUACUCGCACAGUAAGGAAAGUCCAUCAUUUCCUGAGCAGAUACCCCUGAAUCACCACAGUACACAGAUGACAGGAAGUACUGUCGGUUACAAAGACCACCAUGUACCUAGAAACCUCGGUCAAGAAACGGAUCACAGAAGCACAACAUCGGAGGAAUUGUAUGCAAAUGUUCCAAAUAGUAAAUAUUUUUCUGAAAGAGAUUCUUCUGUCUCAUCAGACAGUGACAACAACUAGGCUGAAAACUGGUGAAAUCAACAUGGCUACUAAGAGACUAUCAACAAGUAAAAUAUAGAGAAACUCAAAACAACAUCCAAAAAAGAAAUGCAUACUUUACUCAACAUCUGGAUGUUGUUGUGCAUUUAUUCUUUUGGAAUAAGGUUUCACAACAAUGCUAUCCUCAACAUUUGAACACAGAUGUGGAAUGUAACACAAAUGGUACUUGCAGCAAACACAUAUAUUAUAUAUACAGUAUACAUUAUUAUUAUUUUGAUAAUUCCCAAUGGUUUAAAGAAUACAAUUGAAAUUUCUUUGUCAACAAUUUCCCAAUUAAGCAUUAAGUUGGGUCCUUUUUAAAAAGCCAGUAGAGCAGAACAGUGACCGUCCAAUUUUUCGAAGCAUAGGUCAUAGUGGAACAAUAAUGGCCGUUUCUCAAUCUGUGGGUGUUUUCUAAUCAGAAUGGCCGUUUUUCAACUAUCCAAUAAAAGUAGUGAAUCUCAAUGUAGUAAUCAGUGAGCGUUUCCAAACCUGGAUGGGCGUUUCUGAACUAUCCAAUGAAAGUAGUGAAUCUCAAUGUAGUAAUCAGUGGGCGUUUCCAAACCAGGAUGGGCGUUUCUGAACUAUCCAAUGAAAGUAGUGAAUCUCAAUGUAGUAAUCAGUGACCGUUUCCAAACCUGGAUGGGCGUUUCUGAACUAUCCAAUGAAAGUAGUGAAUCUCAAUGUAGUAAUCAGUGGGCGUUUCCAAACCAGGAUGGGCGUUUCUGAACUAUCCAAUGAAAGUAGUGAAUCUCAAUGUAGUAAUCAGUGACCGUUUCCAAACCUGGAUGGGCGUUUCUGAACUAUCCAAUGAAAGUAGCGAAUCUCAGUGUAGUAGGCAAAUUGUGUAAAGAGGUUGAAAAACACUCAUCCUGGUUAGAAAACACUUAUUUUUGCUCUGCAGAGACACAAGUCUCACUUUUUCAGUCGUACUGGUUCUGGAAGAAUAUAUUUUUUUCCAUAGAAACUUCAUCAAAUUCUUCAUAAAAGAGUUCUAAGGCAUGAACCAAACCAACCAACUCUGAGGUGAAUCUCAAAAUUACAUGUUUUGAUUUUAAGCAUAAACGUAUUAGAAAUCAUAUAAAAAGAACAAGGUACAUGACUGUGUACUUGACGUUUUUAAUGAGGGAAUGAACAACAAUCCCAUUAAAACCAUGGAAAUAUAUAAAAUUACUGAUUUUUAAGUUGACGAUAAGACGUAUAGAGACAAUACAUUUUCAUUUCCUUACAAAAUAUUCAGAUGUAUAAUAAUACAUUUAUUUAUAUAAGUAGUUUGAGAAUGUUGGGAGACCGACUACACAGAUACAGAUGCCAUGGUUUGAUUGCCGUCUUCAGGAUUCACACGUAGUGUAAUUUUUCACUUGGAAUUCUGCUACUAAUUAUUAUUAUUAUUAUUAAAAAACUAAUUUUAUGUAGUUGUAAUAAUGUGAAUUGAUGGCUUCAACCUAUGCAUAUACAAUCGAUUAACAACCCCAGACAAUUUUAAGGUAGGUCUGUCUUUAAAGAUUGAUCUAUAAAUGUAUCGUUUAAAAAAACUAUUUGUCUAUGGAGAAAAUGUUUAUGGGAUUUUUACUUCCAGAACCAGACUGUUGCGCUAUAUAAACUUCAGUUUACGUCACAGCCCGGCAGAACCAUGAUUUGCUACUUGCUAUUGCUAGUCAGUUGCAGGUGAUAUUAGAAGACGGGAUUUUGUCAUUCUAGACAGCAAUUUAUCAGAGAAAACAUUGCACAUGCCUCCGAGCAGGAGAUUAUGUCAUCUACAUUAUAUGCCACAUUUAUGUAAAUGUAAUUAUGUAAAAACAAAACAAUACUACAUGCACAGUACACAGAAAAGUAAAAAAAAUAAACAACAACACUUUGUUAUUUAGCCUCAGAGAUUUCACAGUUAUGCAAAGUUUUGAAAAUGGCCAGCAUUCUCUAUUUUUUUUGCAUUUCUCACUGGAGGACAAAAGAUAAACUGUCAAAUGUCACUUUCAUUUUCAUGCUUUGUGUUUGCCACAAACCCACUUUAGUUGGUGUUGAUCUCUCAGGUCCGAGAGCGACACGGCAGACUGCCAGCUACACUUGCAGGCAUAUGCCCUCUCACCCUUUUUCCUUCUCAGUUUGGCUCUUAAUUUGUGAUAGUCCGGCAUGUUAUUCCUAAAGAGAGUAAAAUGAGAGAAGCUCUGUGAGGAUUUGAAUAAAUGUAUACAUGUAUUUCAAAGAUAUCCAAUUAAACCUGGUCACAACGUUCUAGGGCACGUUGGCCCACUGUUUGGUUUAUCCCUGGCACGUUAUCACUGACUGCAGACCUCAUCCUUUUUUACAUUUAAAUGCUUUUCUGAGGAACAAAAUGUCUUUGUGUCAGUUCUGUUCUCUCACUUCAAAUGGACAGUGGCUGUUUUCAACAAUAGCAAACAUACUGCAUGUCAAGUAGGCUCAAAUAUGUUCAGAUAUUCUGGUGAAUCCUACAGAAAAGUCUGGGUCAUAUUUCAUCUUCAAAUAAAAAUAAAAAAGUGAGAAAUUGAAUUUUGAAUAAAGAAUAUUAAAGAAUCAGAUUUUUGUGUAUAAAAAAUACAAACGGUCAAAAACUGAUAUGCCGUGUUACUCAUUAAAUAUAUUUGAAGAUAAUACACUUAAAAGAAUAGUUCACCCAAAAGUGAAAAUUCUCUCACACUCAUGCUAUCCCAGAGGUGUCUGACUUUCUUUCUUCUGAAGAACACAAAUAAAGACAUUUAGAAGAAUAUCUCAGCUCUGUAGGUCCAUAGAAUGCAAAACCUUGAAGCUCCAAAAAGCACAUUAAGGCCGCAAAAAAGUAAUCCAUAAGACUCCAGUGGUUUAAUCCAUGUCUUCUGAAGUGGUUUUGUCAAAGAUCAGACCAAAAUAUAACUCCUUUUUCACUGUAAAUCUGCCAUUGCAGUCUCUAGGCCUGAUCAUGAUUUCAAGCUUAAUUAUACUUACUAGUGCUUGACGCAUGGGCAUAUUGCUAGAUGGCGCUAUGAAGAGUAAUCAAGCUUGAAAUCAUGAUCACCAAGGAUGUCAAGAUUUAUAGUGUAAAAGGAGUUACAUCUGGUCUGUUCUGUCAUAUGGAUUACUUUUAUGCUGCUUUUUGGAGUUUCAAAGAUUUGGUCACCAUUCACUUGUAUUGUGUGGACCUACAGAGCUGAGAUAUUCUUCAAAAAAUCUUCAUGUGUGUUCUGCAAAAGAAGGAAAGUCAUACACAUCAGGGAUGGCACGAGGGUGAGUAAAUGAUGAAAUAACUCUCAUUUUUGGGUAAAUAAUUCCUUUAAGAGCUUUAAAGAUUUCUUUCUUCUUUGUUAGACUAGAGCACGUAAUAUCAGCAAUGGAAAACAUGCAGAAAAUGUUUAAUUUAUGAGGUACUUAAUUACCUAUUUAAAGGGGAAACCUGAAACUGAAUAAAAGCCUUCAAU